UAAAAACGUUCAAAAAGUAUCGGUACAAGAGGUCUACUCCCAGUCACACGGUCACCAGAACGCCAUUUAAAACAUGAUCAUACGAGCCCGUGCCUCUUAUCACUAGUUUGAACAGGACAAACAGAUCGAUGUGGACUACUAGCAGUGGUAAAGUGCAGAAUUCAGAGUAAAAAAGAGAGGAAAAGAUGUCGUUCGAAGGAAAGAUUUACCAAGAUUUGACCACGGAUGAGGUUUCACCUUCUCAUCGACGAACAUUUGGACAAGGUCUGUUUGCAGAAAUUGGUGAAUAUACAUUUCAACACCAGCGACUGGUUGUGCUAAGCCUGGGCCUGCUAAAUGCUGCUUUACUGAUUUCUGCUGCUGUCAUUGGGAUUUACUGUGCUAACGCCAAAGACCUUCAGGUUCCUGAUUUAGCUGCUUCACCCCUCCUUGUUGAGGUGAACUUUCUCCGCAACCACACAGAGAUCAUAAGGCAGAGAAAGGAGGCCCAGAACUCACUGGAGAAAGAGCGUGCCAACUAUGUCCAACUAAAGCUGGACAUGAGGCAGAAGAAGACUCUGACUGACAGCCUUCAGAAGAAAAUUAGCAUCCUGCAAACAGAAAAGACAAAUCUCCUGUCCAAUGCAUCUGCUCUUGAGAAAAACUGUGACAGAUGCCCUUCAGGAUGGUUCCUACUGAAAACGUCAUGCUACUACUUUUCUAACUAUGAACCGGAAUCAAGAAAGAACUGGUCAGACAGCAGAGCUGACUGCAUUCGCCAAGGAGGUGACCUGCUCAUAAUCAACAACUUGGAGGAACAGCAACUCAUAAGUACGAAUUUUCCGAGGACAGACAGCAGUAGCAUGUGGUGGAUGAACGGGUUCUGGAUCGGCCUUAGUGAUGUGAAGCAUCUGGGAACGUGGACAUGGACAAACAAUGUGACAGAGACGUCCGUAAUGUACUGGAGAAGUGGGCAACCCAGUCAAACUGGACCUCAGAGCGGGAACUGUGCUGCUUUUCAUUACUAUGGAGACACUAUGAGGACUUGGUACACUGGAAACUGCCAGCAGCAUCUACUGAACUGGAUCUGUGAGAUCAGGCAAAGCAAUAAAUGAAAUCAUUUAAAAAUGCAUAUGAACAGCCUGAAGACUUUUGUUAAGCAUUCUAAUCUGUAAUGUUUAGCAAAGAUUUCACAAUUCAUAAACUUUGUAUUAAACAAUCUUUUAUCGGCUUAGAACAUUUCAAAGUUUGACAUGUGUAUGUGUUGCACUUUCUAUGCUUGUGUAAUUAAAAGGAAGUCUUAUUGCCUAAAUAAAUGUUAAAAAAUAAAUAUGAUUUUAUGAUUUCACAAACGAAUAACGAUUUUAUGAAUCUUAAAA